ACCACACAAACACGCACACACCCAGAUCUUCCCUCUGCUCUUUCUUCUUCAACUUAGAAAACCCUAACUCUAAAACUCCUCUCUCAAUCACAGCAUAGCAGACCCCUCAACACCUCCACUUUCCGCUUUCGAUCUCCCUGCUGGCGAGCCAUGGGGAGGAGCCGGCAACAAUUUCCGGCGAGACACCCUCUCCCCUCUGAUCUUCGUUAUUCCGACCACCACAGUCCUCACACACCUGUGACAGAGAAGUACGGAGAGAGAAAGAUGAGGCGGUGGAGGCGGCGACGGUGGAGCUUUUCACCGACACAUUUUCGGAUGAUGUUGAUGAUGAUGGUGGUGACGACGGCGGCUGUGUCGCCACCGUCUACGACGGUGGGCGCUGGUGGCAGUGGUGGUGGUUGUUUUCAGCUCGGGUUCGGGUAUAGGGCUCCGGAUUCGUUAGCUCAGAUUCUGGUCACGUUUAAGCGGGUCAGCUCAGUUAGUCGGGUCUCUUUUCAAGUUCUGUGCAACCCGGUUCGGGUUCUGGGUCAAAGCUAGUCAACGGGUUUUGAUUUCGGUUCGGUUGACUCAGUCAAACCGAGUCAACUCGGUCAACACCCGAGUCAACUCGGGUCAACAAAUGGUCAACUGUUAGUCAACAGAUCAACAACUGGUCAACGCCAGUCAAACAUCAUCUCGGGUCAGUUUUGAGUAUGCGGUUUACUUUUGGUUCAGUCUCGAUUCACCUCAAGUUUGUUCGGUUCGACAGGUUCGGAUUCAAUUCAAUACGGGUCAGAAAGUCAACAAAAGUCAACUCUGGUCAACCAGUCAACUGUCGGGUCAACCCGUUAAGCGCAAGACGCGGUAAAGUUUUAACGACGCGAAAAUUAGUUUAGAUUGAUAUAGUUUUUAGAUAUCUUUUUUUUUACUACGCGAAUCGAGCUCGACCCGACUAACUAACGAUUUUACAUUUAGUGACUUUGUUUCGUAUUCGACGUUUUGAUAUAUUUAACAUAAAAAUUAUAUAA